UGUUCCCUUCUCCUUCCCCUCCCCCACGGUCCGCGUCUUCAUUCUCGGGCAGACUUCCCGUGGGGUGGGGGGGGGCGCUCCAUACUUUGGGGGAGGGGAUCCCAGGCUUGAAUCCCCUCCCCCUCGCUCGCUUUCCCCCUCCACCCGGAGCUUCUCGAGAGAGAGAGAGAGACGACCUUCCUUCCUCACCGACCGCCACGCCUCUCCUCGCUUUGCCUCGCCUCGCCUCGCCUUGCUGCUGCUUCGGCCACUUGGGUGCAUGUGCUGCCUGCCCCCCCUUUCUCGUCAACAGCUGCCCAGGCUUCGUUUUGACGCCUUGAUUGGCACGAGCCAGGGGGGAUUCGGGGAGGAGAAGCACCCCGCUCCUCGCCCCAUCCCUCCCUUUCUCUCAUCCCCUUCGCAGCCCGCUUUGAGCGUUAGAAAGUUCCAGAAAGCAGAAUCUGAUUUGGAUUACAUUCAACACAAGUUGGAAUUUGAAGUCAAGAAAAGUCUUCCUGAUGAUUCGUCAGGAGAGGAAAAUCCACUCACACUGUUAAAGGAAUUAUCAAUGAUGAAGUCUCGAUAUAAGACUUUGUGUGCCCAAUUGGAACAAGUUGCUGUUGAACAGAAAGAAUCUAUGAAUUGUAUUCGUGCUACUUUGAAUAAUACUAUGAAAAUGGUACAACACCUAGAGCAACAAGCCGAUCUGGAGUUGUCACCUCUGACUAAGGAAGAACAGACUGCCAUACAGCAAUUACAAUCCCAUUCAACAUGCCAGACUUCAGGAGGAAUCGACUUGCAUAAGACAACUCUAAUGUAGUUUUCUAGCAUGAGUUUUCAACUUUACUGAAUAUGAUGCUAAUGAACAGAUGAUACAGAUGAAUGUGAAAGCCAGGAGCCCAAGAAGUCUGAAAAAAGUUGAAUUUAAGAAAAGUGGAAAUAGUAAGAUGAACAAAGGAUGUCUUUGUUUUUAUGCAUGGAAUGACCAUUAUCUCCUCAUGUACCAGGAAGCUGUUAUUUCGACAGUGAUGAUAAAUAAAUAAAUAAAUGGAUUAUGAGAAUUGCUUGUGUUGUAUAACCAUUUGUAAUGUGUGCAUUAAAACUUAAAAAAAAAAUCUGUAAGCCAUUUAUUUAAGUACUCUUUUUAACUGCAUCAUGUUUGACUUUUGUAUCCUGAGAAUUGAUCUAGGUUCUCUAUUUAGUGAAGUAGAAACUCAAAAUGAAAAUGGAACAUAGAGUGUUUCUUUGGAGCUUUACGUCAGAAGUCUUUUAGAGUUUAAUAAGUUGCUAUAUUUGAAUAUUAAUCUUAGUUUUUCUCUUUAGGAAAGGGAGAUUUAAAUUAAUUGUAUCCACAUCCCAGAAAUGAAGGAAAUAUGUUAUCCACAGAUAAAUUCCUUGGGGGUGGGAAUUGUUUGCAUGUAAAGUUUUAUUGUCAUUGCUUGGUUUUAAAGUGUUUUAGACUUGAUAAUUUACAGUUGUAAUUUUUUUUCAAAUAGGAAGAUAAAUAUUAAUGUGUGUUUUAAGAAUUAAGAUACAACAUAAUUUUAAUGAGAAAAGAAAAAAAGCUUUUUGUAUGUUUUCUUUUGCUAUUUUACCUGGUAUAUUGUGAUGGUACUAAUUACUUUUUGCUUUCUAUGAUCCUGGUAGUCAUUUUAAGAAUUUUAUUUCAAAUAUUGUAUAUCAGCCCAUAACUUUAUCAUGUCUUAGAAGUGCAAUACUCAUAAUAAUUACUAUCAUUGUAUUGAAUUUGUUAAAUUAAAAAAAUAUUCUAAUAAGCAAA